CCUGGUUUGAGCCGGGCGGGCAGCAGAGGAUCAGUGUGUGUUUAUGAGAGCGUGUGUGUGUAGCAGUGUGUGUGUGUGUGUGUGUUAAUGUGCAGCUCACAUGGAGUGGAAUUAAACUCGGCAAGAGAUUCAAGAAGAGGAGGAAGAGGAGGAGAGCGUCUAAAAACUUCCAAGAAGACAAGAAGAAGUCAAAGUAGAAGAAGAAGGAGGACAAGAAGGAGGAGAGGAGGAAGACAGGACUGAGACGCUGAGGGACAAGCAGAUCAGAGGGUGGACGGGGACAUAGUCACAGUCAGUAGACUACUACUGCACUGACACUGACACUGAUACUGCUGCUGACACACUACUACUGACUGAGAGAGAGAGAGAGAGGAAUGCUGGGAAGGAUUAUCUUUCCCUCAGGACCCAACACUAAUCUCUCACUACACACACACACACACACACACACACACACACACACCUUGUGUAUCUUGUAAAAGACCUUUGGCAUGUGGAUUAUUGACUUUGUAGCCUCUGCAGGGCAGCCAUGUUUGAAGUCCUUGAGUUUCAGAGCAGUAAAUAAUUCUUUGUAGUAACAUGACUCGGCGUAAUACUCUUACUUAAGAUUACUAAGUGUGAGUGCAGUACCUUCGUAGUACUACUCUGUUUUUGUUGCUCAGCCUGCACAGACUGCACUUCAUAUGGCAGUUUUAUUACUUUAAGUGUAGUCCUUUGAGUCUAGUACAGAUAGUAUUUUGAUUUCAGUACUUGAGGUAUAUCUAUUACAACAUUAUUCAAGUAUGUUUUUGUAGUCGGACCUCCUGUGCAGUCCUGUUAAGAUCCAGAUGAGUUCAUUGUAGUGCUUCUAGGACUGCUGUGGUCCUUUGGUUGUACUUCUUUGAGUACAUGCAGGGGCUCCUGUCGUAGUAGUCCUAGUAUUAACUACCAUGACAACCUCAUGACCUGACCUGAUCAGUAAAGAAUCUGCAGUCUUGUUCAGUAUCUGUCCAGAGUAGGUGAGCUUUGCUGUUUGAAGCCUUAAAGAAUAUUUGGACUGCUCUGGAUUACUUUCUAAGAAUAUUGCAGAUUCUGAAUUGAAUUUCAUGAGUUGUAGCAUAUCCUGUCAAAAUGUGACACCGCAUGACACCACAGAAGCCGAACACACUGAUGUCAUGGAUCCUGACCUGGGAGCAGAUGCUGAUGUGGGACAUGGAGCUGGACUUGAGGCCUGUGGCGGCACGCCUAAAGUACAAACGGGAGAGACAGAGACGGAAGAAGAAGAGUUAUUAAACGUGAAAGGAGAUGAUGGAGAAUUCAGCUCGGCGUCCUCCUCCUCUAACUCCUCUCUGUCCUCCUCCACCCUCCAGUCGGGGCCUGCAGUCCGUGUGGAGGAAGAGAAGGAAACGCUGAGUGGCUGCUCCAAGUCUUUCACUGGACUCAAGCUCUUCACCAGGAGGAAAGCGAUCGCUAAGUCCGGCCUGCACCAUUUGCCCUGUCAGCCCAGUACAUCAUCUCUGAACAGGACCGACCCAGAAGCAAGUAUCCGCAGCACUGUGGACUGGACUGAGUCAGCUCUGUAUGGAGAUCAUAUCUGGUUUGAGACGAAUGUGUCUGGAGACUACUGUUAUGUGGGAGAACAACACUGUAUCGCCAGAGCACUGCAAAAGUCUGUAAGUCGAAGGAAGUGUGCUGCCUGUAAGAUAGUCGCCCACACCAUCUGCAUAGAACAACUGGAGAAGUUUCCCAGCUCUAGAGCCAUUCUGCUGGAUGCCACCCUGCCUCUCAAUGAGCCCGACUUUAGAAUUAAUUUCAGGUGCAAGCCAUCUUUUCGGGAAUCAGGCUCGAGGAACAUUCGAGAGCCCACCAUGGUGCGUCAUCACUGGGUGCAUCGGAGACGGCAAGAAGGCAAAUGCAAACAAUGUGGGAAGGGCUUUCAGCAGAAGUUUGCUUUUCACAGUAAAGAGAUCGUGGCCAUCAGCUGCUCCUGGUGCAAACAGGCAUACCACAACAAAGUGUCCUGCUUCAUGCUGCAGCAAAUUGAGGAGCCUUGUCCAAUAGGAGCUCAUGCUGCCCUUAUAGUGCCGCCCACAUGGAUCAUUCGGGUCCGACGCCAUCAGUCAUCCAUGAAGUCGAGUAAGAAGAAGAAGAGAACGUCAUUCAAGAGGAAAAGCAGUAAGAAAGGAGCUGAGGAAGGACGACAGUGGAAGCCGUUUAUAAUCCGACCCAUUCCUUCACCACUGAUGAAACCGCUGCUGGUGUUUGUCAACCCCAAGAGUGGAGGAAACCAGGGCACUAAGAUCCUGCAGUCCUUCAUGUGGUACCUGAACCCUAGACAGGUAUUUGACCUGAGCCAAGGAGGACCAAAUGAGGGCCUGGAGCUCUAUCGUAAAGUUCAUAACCUGAGGAUCCUGGCCUGUGGAGGAGAUGGCACUGUGGGCUGGAUCCUGUCUUGUCUUGAUGAACUGGCAUUAAAUCCUCAACCUCCUGUUGCUGUGUUACCACUUGGGACAGGAAAUGACCUCGCCAGGACCCUCAACUGGGGAGGGGGUUAUACAGAUGAACCUCUAUCUAAGAUCUUGUCCCAUGUUGAGGAUGGAACCGUUGUCCAGCUGGACAGAUGGAAUCUACAGGUUGAACCAAACCACUGUGCAGGGGCUGAACCAGAUGAACAACAGACUGAUAAGCUUCCUCUAGAUGUUUUCAACAAUUACUUCAGUCUUGGAUUUGAUGCUCAUGUGACUCUAGAGUUCCACGAAUCAAGAGAGGCCAACCCUGAGAAGUUUAACAGUCGCUUUAGGAAUAAAAUGUUCUAUGCUGGGACAGCAUUCUCAGAUUUCCUGAUGGGAAGCUCUAAAGACCUGUCUAAACACAUCAAAGUUGUGUGUGAUGGGACAGAUUUAACGUCGAAGGUUCAGGACUUGAAGCUGCAGUGUCUGGUCUUCCUCAAUAUCCCCAGGUACUGUGCGGGCACUACACCUUGGGGAAACCCCAGUGAACAUCAUGACUUUGAACCUCAACGCCAUGAUGAUGGAUACAUAGAGGUCAUUGGAUUCACUAUGACGUCACUGGCUACUCUCCAGGUUGGAGGUCAUGGUGAGAGGUUGAAUCAGUGCAGAGAAGUCACCCUCACCACUACCAAACCUCUGCCAGUCCAGGUGGAUGGUGAACCAUGCAGACUUGCACCCUCCGUCAUCCACAUCAGCCUCAGAAACCAGGCCAACAUGGUUCAGAAAACCAAACGACGGACCUCACUACCACACCUUAAUGAUCAGCAGCCAGUCCCAGAAAGGCUUAGGAUCAGGGUCAGCAGGAUCGGUAUGACUGACUAUGAGGCUCUGCACUAUGACAAGGACAAACUACGGCAAGCAUCCAUCCCUCUGGGACUGAUCGUGGUUCCUGGCGACAGCGACUUAGAAACCUGCAGAGAACACAUCCAGCGUUUGCAGGAGGACUUCUGCUCUGUUCAUCCUUCCUUCAGAUGCUUGGGACAGCAGGAGGAGGCAGCCAAGCCAAAGAUUCUUUCCUCGCAGAAGUUAUCUCCAAAGUGGUGUUUCCUCGACUCUACAACAGCAGAUCGUUUCUACAGAAUAGACAGAGCACAGGAGCAUCUCAACUACGUAUCAGAAAUCUCCCAGGAAGAGAUCUUCAUUCUGGACCCUGAACUGGUUGUUAUGAUGACAGUAGGGACCUCCCCCACAGCCAUGCCAGACCUGGUUAAUCCCGCCUCCAGCCUGAUAAACAGCAGUUCUUCCCAGAGGCAGCGAGUGAACAGUGACAGCUCUGCAGCUGAAGCUUUAACACACAACUCAACACCUGUGGUCAGCAAACUCAGCAGGGCAGGUUGCAUCCAUCGUUCGAAUACCACCGCUGCUGAUUUUAAACCAAGACUGAGACAGGAAAAGCGCCAAAAGACGAGUGAAACAGAGAGGGAGAGAGAAAAAGAAAUGUUGAUUGAGUGUGUGAAGAACAAGGAUGUGAAGAAGCUGCAGGAGCUGCACCUGAAGGGAGCAGACCUCACGACACUGGACCUAUCAGGCUGCAGUUUACUGCACUAUGCUGUCAGUACAGGAAGCAAAGAGAUGGUCCGGUACAUCCUGGACAAUGCUCCGAGUGAUCUACUGGAUGUCACAGAAAAACUGCAUGGGGAGACGGUUCUUCAUCGAGCUGCAUCUCUGUGUCACAGGACCAUCUGUCAUUAUCUGGUAGAAGCAGGAGCCUCACUGAUGAAAACAGACCUACAGGGUGAUACUCCAAAGAACAGGGCUGAGAAGGCUCAUGACGCUGAGUUGGCUGCUUAUCUGGAGAACAGGCAGCAUUACCAGAUGAUACAGAGAGAGGACCAGGAGACAGCUGUCUGAACCCAGUGAACUCUUGAUGAACAGGACAGCCAUGAGGAAACUGCCUUCUGUCUUCUUCCUGGUCUUCAUGAGACUGACAGGAAGAAUGGUUCCAGACUGACAUGUGUCCUCCUUAAAGCACAGAGUGCAGACUGAGAGUGAAGCUGUGCCAAACAUGCAUUUAGUAAUGAUUAUAACCAUGAUGAUGAUAAUGACAGUUCUAUUGAUGGUUAAGGCGUACGUUAAUGAACAUGAAGGUCAGAUAUAUGGUCAAAUGAUGAGAUGUUCAUGAAUCAUUCCUUUUCUUUUUGAUUAUCUCAGUAAUAGAAUUAUUAGUGAAGUCAAGAAAAUAGAAACUAGGACAAUUAGAAUAUAUUUUGACUUUGCAUAUUGAGAAGUAAACUUGUUCUUUCGUAUCAAACAAAGUCAGCAGACUCUACAGUUUGUUAUGUAGGAUCAGAUGUCCCACGCACUAUCAGAGAGCGAGCUGAGUCUGUAGACUCAUGUCAUGAAAAACUCAGGAAAGCAGUGGUGUAUUUAAACUGACUAACACCUGACUAAAACAUGAGAUGAAGUCAGGUUUUUGUAACUGAAAUAUCUUGAGGAGUGUUAACAUUGGGUGGAGCUUGAUGGCAGAGGUUUAGCCUAGGAGCAUGCUCCCCAGGGAGAUUUUUUUUUUGGCAGCUACAUGCACCAUAUUUUGUAUCUAAUUCUCCAACUAUGAAACCAGAACAAUCCUCACUCUUCAAAUCCACACUUCCACUUCUGACCAAUUCCACCGUUCCUCUCCUCCUGGCUCCUCGUCACAUUCUUAGGUAGCCAGCAGUCCACAUGUGGCCUAAAACAGAAUUAAUCGGCUGAUUCUGAUGCUGCUGAAUCACUUUCUGUGGAUGGCGGGUGAGGUUGACUCCUCAUGAUAAACUUAGUCCAUAGUUCAUAACGUAGUUAGCUGGUGUAACUGAAUAAAACAACACACACAAGACCCAGUCCCCCACCUCCAACACUCCAUCGUCUUACCAUGAAUAUCCACAAGUUAUUCAAUGGAAAGUGCACCAUUUACUGUUAUCAUGAACAUACAGACAAGAGAGUUGAAAGUUUGGCAUGAUGAAGGUCAAAGGGUUUUGAAAUCAUAAGGAUUCAUGAACAUGAGUAUCAGGUUUCAUGGAUGUCUAGUAGUGUUGGACAGACUACUACUCUGUGAUCAUUUCACUGAGCAUUAAUGCCAUCAUCACUUCUGUUAUGAACCUGUCAGAGAGAGGAACAGAGAGUUUCCAUCACCCUCACCUCAACCAUACAACUCAUAGCAACAUAUUCUGUAGGUGAUUAUUAUCUAUAAGUUGGAAGAUUUUUUCUGGUGCCUAUACUAAAGGAUUGAAUGUCUGAGGCCUGGGAUGACUUUACACAGAAAACUGAAGACCAUAACACAAGCAGUGUUUCAAUGAUUAGUCAGCAGUGCACACUCCAUUUCUUUCUUUUAAAAAGACCAACUGAUGAAAUCUUAAUGUUAUCACUCAAAUAGUUUCCGUUAGAGUACAGUAAUGAGAGUGUGUGUGUCAAGCCUUGAAUCCUGCAGGAUUAUUAUAGUUUGUUGUGCCAAAUUUAAAGAUGAAGCACGCACCAUUAGAGUGCUACAAACCAACAACCGAAAUCUCAUUUGAUCACUGUAAGAUUUUCAAACUACUGUGAACUGUGCUGAGCUCAACAUCAACACUGAGCUGUGAGGAACAUUUUGAUUUUGGAGGUGCUGCUGGACAUAACAGCAGAAUGAAAUGUGUGUGUGUGUGUCAACAGAUCAAUUCAUUAAUUAAUUGAAAUAUUACAGCAAGCAGCCAGUGACAAUAACAUCCUGUUAAAUCCAAAGUACAAUGUUCCUCAUGUUUUAUCGAACAUCAUAUCUUCAUAUGUUCAAAACCAGGCAGCCGUUCAGAACUGUACAUGAAUGUGCAUGUAGACAUAGUCACCCAGGUUUUGUGAGCACAGGGGGAAAUCAGUCAGCGCUCAUUACAUGACAUGAAACAUGAAAUGAUUUUUCACGUGUGACGACGGUCACAGCUUCGCCUCAGUUUAGUCCGAGAAAACUUCAUGUGUUUUUCCACUUUCAAACAUUCCCUGGGACUGAUUGUGAUAUUUUUUGAAAAGAUACAUUUUCCAUGGAUAUUUUGUUUGCUUGUCAACACAACUGACAGACAAAUUUUGAUGAUGUUACCAAAGAGCUUUGAAAAUGAAUAUCAUGAAACAAUCUGCUUGGUCAUUCAUCAGAAAAUGAUUUCAACUAGCAGUGACCAGCUGGACAUUCAGACCUCUGACCCAUUCCCAAACAUAGAUGAGGAAAAAGUGUGUACUAGGAUUUUUGAGUUGACUUGAUUUGUGUCUAAAUGUUGUAUAGUAAAUUAUUAGAAUGGACCUGAAUUCAGCACAGUGACUCCUAAAAUAUUAGAAUU